GCCGGAGUUGUUCGUGAGUGGCUGAAGUAUAAAUAAGGGCUUACAAAACAAAACUACCACUACAAAAAAAUUCCUCUUCUGACUCCUCCAUCAUCACCAUUCAUCGCCACUCUGUUUCUUUCUUCUCCAUCUUUUCGUUGCUGAGUUUAAUUCUCAUCAAACGAAAGAUGUUUCGAAAAACUAAGUCCAAAAAAAGCGACGCCGCCGCCGCCGGCGCAGCAGCACCCACCCCCAAACCCGCCGCCGCCUCCACCACCGUCGGACAUUGGCGCCCUGUUCCCGUUAACCCAGUUGAGAACCUCUUCAAUUCAUACGCCAAUAAAUCAACCAAAGAAAUUGACCCAGAAGGGAUUGAAUCCCUUUGCUCCGAUUUAAAGAUAAAUCACACGGACGUUCGUAUCUUGAUCCUUGCCUGGAAGAUGCAAGCAAAAAGACAGGGUUUUUUUACCCUGCAAGAAUGGAAAACAGGGAUGAGUUCUCUGCACUCAGAGACUCUGCCAAAUCUGAAUUCAGCCCUAACCCAACUCGAAAAAGACAUCAGAAAAUUGUCUUCUUCGUCGGAUUUCGUCGAUUUCUACACAUUCUCGUUCAAUUAUUGUAUAUCGGAGGAGCGACAGAAAGGGGUUGAUGUUGAGAGCGUUUGUUUGCUUCUGCAGUUGAUCUUAGGCGGUGGAGGAGACAAGAUUGUUGGGAAACAGAAGUCGUGGGUUGAGUAUUUGGUUCGGUUUCUUAAGGAACAGACUGAUACAAAAGUCAUUACUUUGGAUCAAUGGAUGGGGUUCUAUCGGUUCUGCAACGAGAUUAGCUUCCCGGAUAUGAAAAAUUAUGAUGCCGCUGAUGCUUGGCCGUGGAUUCUUGAUGAUUUUGUUGAUUGGAUGGGUCAGAAUUUUCGUAGUUAAGCUUUAAUUAGGAUCAUGAGCUGAUGAUCGAUCAGUUAGCAGGUUGCUUGAUAACAAAUUUUCACCAAAUUAUUACUAUAUGCAUUGUCUCUUUUUCUUUGGUUGGGUAAUGUCAAUUUGAUUCUUAUGCAAUCGUCGUUAUGGCCAGAUUACAUGUACUUUUUUC